UUUCAGUGGAGACACUCAAUGGAUUUCCAGAGAACAAAGGGACCAGCGUGUUUCUGCAGGAACCUGACACUAGAAUUCUUUUGAACAGGAGGUUAGCAGGACAUGGUCCAAGGGGUAUGAUGGAGAGUUCUUCUCUUGAAACUGACUUAAGAAACUCUCAUGAAGAAGGAAAACUUUACAUGGUUGAUUCCUUAAACAACUUAAAUGAACAGCGUCUUUGUGUGGUUCGGUCUCAGCAUCAAACAGUCUGGCAAGAGGACACAGACAGUGCUGGUUGUUGGACAACGCAAAACAGUAUGAGAUGCCAUAGCUGGUUCUUUGUCACAUUGAUCAUUACUUUAAUUGUCAGCUUGGCACUUGUUUCCUUUGUAAUAAUCUUAAUAGUUCACACUGGAGACAAGACGGAUGAUGUGUCAAGAAAAAUAGUACUAGAAAAGAAGAACAUUGAAGACCUCAAGAAAUUAAAUGACAUGAUUUUACAGUACCUAAACCAGACAGAAUUGGUAGAGAAUGUAGGAAACCUCAGCGGGAUGCAAACAAGACAACCAAGCCCUGAUCUUCCAGGCUAAAGAAUGCUCAGCGGGAAAUACCAGGGCAAGAAGCUAACUUGUGCUAUGAAUUCCAUUCUUAUCUAAUUUCAGAUACAGUCUGUGCAAGUCAGCUUUUUUUUAAAAAAAUUAAUCAUUCUGUGCGCUCCAUGAUGUUUACUGCAAGCCUGGAAAAGCAAUCACUGCCAGGUUUCUGGUAUUGUGAUUUUCUCUACCUGUGCAGCCUUUCUAGAUUUCUUGCUUGCCCCUGUGGAUAUUGAUAUACAGAUGGUAGAGCUCAGCACAAACAUUUGGUUUUGAAAAGCUGCUUCUAGACCCCAAACCUAUAAAUCGUUACAUGCAGAUAGCGUCAGAUAUGUAUUGUGGUUCGUGUUUAUAGCUCAGGAUAAAUUUAGAAUAAAAAUGUAGCAUCUGAUUUCUGCAAGUUUUACACAUGUUAGCGGAGGCACCUCAGAAAGUAUUCAGUGGUUCCUACACAGUACAAUAUAAAUGCAGGUGCAUGGUACUUUUUGCAAAGUACGUAUGGCUUUUAAAAAAUUACAGAAGUGAUUGAUUAGGGCAAGAUUAAUUAGGGAUAUGUCAGAGUAAAAGUUGGGUUUAUUCACAUAUGCAAACACAACAUUGAAUACUCAGUAUGAUCACUAUAAUCCAACUGUGAGAACUAUCCUGAUUGAAAAGCAUUUGUUUGAGACGAUACCUGGUGAUAUAAAAGUUCCAUUAAUGAUAAUUAAUCUGUCUUUCUUACAGUGAUUACAUGCAUUCCCUAAUAUGGCUGAUCAACCCUGACAUAAUACCAAUAUCAUGUAAUAUGUUUAUUAGGACCAGGCCCGUAGCUAUAUUGGAUCAUUUUGGGCCCCGGCCUCCCGACUUUUCAUCACCCCCCCCAAAAAAAAAACUUACUACCCUGGACAGGCAGGCAGGCAACCAGGCGGGCCCUGGACGAGAUGCGCACAUCAGCUGGCCAGUGGGCAGAGUGCGGGGCUGGAAGUCAACUCUUUGGAAGGCCCUGAUUCAAACCCUUCUUAUUUGAAUUUCAGUGUCCCCUGAAUUAUUUAAAGGCCCCCCCGAUUUAAGAAAUCCUGGCUACGGGCCUGAUUAGGACCAACCCAAUGACACACAACAAUGUGCAAACUUUCAAUUUCCUGACAACUCUUUUUCAGGUCAAUUGUUACAAAAUGAAAAAGAUCAAAUGGCAUAUUUUAAGCAAAUUUUAGGACAUAGUAUUAAGAAUACUUCCUUAUACCCUGACAUAGCAAUUGGUGGAAACAUUUGGAGAAUUUGAUUAAGCUAAGCUCAGAAUAUUUACCGGC